AUGAUCUUACACCUCAUUGUUUGGAUUGCGCAGGUCAUCAUCGACGAGUUCCGCCACAGCGGGAUCUCAAGCAAGCUAGACGGGAUCGAGAGCCACCUGGUGAUGUCUCACCUACGCGCGAGGAGCACCACCAGUGUCUCAGAAGACAUGUGCCUCAGGAGGACCACGGGCGACAAUACGCGCCUGCUUGGGCAGGCUCCGGAAGGGGAGGAGGAGGAGGAGGAGGAGGAGGAGGAGGAGGAGGAGGAGGAGGAGGAGGAGGAGGAGGAGGAGGAGGAGGAGGAGGAGGAGUAG